AUGUCUGCACCAUCAGACGGGCCUGGGCGUCCUGUAAUCGAUUCACAGCAAGACCUCCCUCAACUCACGACCACAUUACCAAGUCCCUCAACCUCCCAAUCACGAAACAGACAGCUUGAUGAUCGUUCUCCUACAUCCCCAACUGAGCCUGUACCUGUAGGAGGGGGUGUUGUUGUCGGACCGACUCAUGGGAGCUCCCCUAAAACUACUCGAAUUUGUGGAAAGUGUCAGGGUCCUUUAACAGGUCAAUUUGUGCGUGCUCUGGGCGGAACAUUUCACUUGGAUUGUUUUAAAUGCAGGGACUGCGGAGUAACAGUAGCCUCCAAGUUUUUCCCCGUGGACGAGGAGGAAGGAGAAGGCCAAUAUCCACUGUGCGAAACGGAUUAUUUCAGACGCCUAGACCUUCUUUGUCAUGAAUGUGGUGGAGCGCUAAGGGGCUCAUACAUUACUGCCCUAGAACGGAAAUACCAUAUUGAGCAUUUUACAUGUUGUGUUUGUCCAACAGUGUUUGGGCCACAGGAUUCCUACUAUGAGCAUGACGGCAAAGUUUACUGUCAUUACCACUACUCAACCCAAUUUGCAGCCCGGUGCAACGGAUGCCAAACCGCAAUUCUAAAGCAAUUUGUGGAAAUUUUUCGGAAUGGACAGAAUCAACACUGGCACCCGGAGUGCUAUAUGAUACACAAGUUUUGGAAUGUUCGGCUUGCGCCUCAGGAAACCGGAGAACCAAAGUCGCCAUCUGUAGAGGACCCCUCAACUCAGAGGCGCUCAUUGGUUCGGGAUGCCGAGGAGAAAAUGGAAGACAAGGUCUAUCGUAUCUGGAGUGUAUUAUCAUCUUUCGAAGAAUCUUCUGCAGCAUGUAUUAGUGACAUGCUUUUACAUGUCUCUAAUGGAGCAUAUGUAGACGGCGUCUUCGUGGCUGAAAAGUUCAUUUGGCAUGUCGAAAUACUUUUCGGUUCCGCAGAUAACUUGGAUGCUCAAUUCAGUGGCAUGUCAGUGAAGGGUUUGUCUUACUCCAGAGAAGCAAAGCUACUGUGUAAGAAGAUAGUUGCAUUUUUUAGUCUUCUCUCGAAAACUCAAGAAACCGGUGUAAGAAAACUCGGUGUUACACAAGAGCUAUUAUCGCUUGUUACUGGCCUUGCACAUUACCUGAAGCUACUGAUACGGAUCACUCUGCAAGGCUCCUUAAGAUUGGAACGAGAGCACAACAACAUUGAUGCUUUAAGGUUGUUUCUUGAAGAGCUAUCUGACUUAGAGUCCACCAAAGAACCAAAACAAUCUCUUGAAUCGACGCAGGGAUUGUCGGAAAACCUAGCAGAUCAGCAUUCUGAUCUCUGUACCGUUUGCCGCACCACCAUUGAGGAGGAGUGUGCCAAAUUUGAUGAUAAGAGGUGGCACAUGAGUUGCCUAGCAUGUUCAAACUGUAAACGGGAAUUGAGGGGCCAUCUUGACGAGACCACGUGGUUUGAAGCAGAACAAUGUGUUUUCUGCACUAGUUGUGCCUCUCAAGUAUCGGACACCCGUGGACCAUUUGAGCGUGUAACACGCUUAAAACAAUACGUCUAUCUUCUACGUGUGGCACUUGCCCGGCUAUUACUGAGACUUAGGCAAGGAGGGACACUCCCGCAUACAUCAGAUGACCCCAAUCUUCGGAGUUACGAUUCCAGCGAGGGUCAUAAGCUUGGUAAUAUUGAACCUCCGCUACUUCGAUCAGAUACGCGGUCAAAGUCGUAUAGUGGGGAACGCGGGGAACGCGGGGAACAAACUGAAGCCUACACCAACACGAUAAACGACAUCCGUAGGUUACGAUCGACCCGCCUAGACCGGCAGCUUGGAAGUUCGGCGAAGAAAGCCCGUCAGUCCCGAAUAAUCGAAGGGCCGGAGGCAGACAGUGUGCGACCAGGAUCCUCGGAUGGACACCAAGUUGAUAGGCGCCGUAAUACAGGGCAAUUUCACAUAGUUGAGGACAGGGAAUAUAAUGGAGAUGAGCAGGAGGCUCGUACUUUUGGCGAUGAUAAAGUGCUAACUCUUGACGAUAUACCGCGAAUUGUUGCCGCUGAGCAAGCCCGGGAACAACGGCCAAACGCGUUCAAGCACCACCGGCCCAAUCCAUAUGGAGAAGCGGAUGGACCAGAUAUGGGAAGCCAACAAGAACCUCCGCCACCACCGGUUAGGACAAAAAGAUAUUUUUCGGAACUAUCUGCAAUCGAUUAUUUUAUCGUGCGACAUAUUGCAGUUCUUUCAAUGGAACCAUUGGUGGAAGGUUAUUUUAAUUUGGAGGAACUGUUAGGACUGAUAGAAACCAACAAAAAAACAUUUUGGGGGAAAUUCGGAAAGGCAUUCCAACCAGUUGACAAGAAAAAGGGUGCCAAAAAGAAAGGUGUCUUUGGCGUGGCGCUAGACGUGCUAGUCGAGCGAGACGGCGCUGAAUCGAGCAUGGGUGUUGGCCCCGGAACUUUACGAAUACCUCAAAUAUUAGACGACGCCGUGGUGGCUAUGCGUCAAAUGGAUAUGUCUGUCGAGGGUGUUUUCCGAAAGAAUGGCAAUAUUAGAAAACUGAAAGAACUCGCAGACCAAAUAGAUCGGAGUGAGACUCAAGUAGAGAUGAGCGGCUGGGGCCCUGUCCAAAUAGCAGCGCUUUUGAAAAAGUUCCUAAGAGAAUUGCCGGAUCCGUUACUAACAUUCAAGCUCCAUCGUUUGUUCGUGGCUUCUCAAAAAAUCAUGGAUGAAGAGAAAAAGCGUCGCAUACUUCAUCUCACAUGUUGUUUGCUUCCCAAAAGCCACAGAGAUACUAUGGAAAUUCUUUUUUCUUUCCUAAAUUGGGCUGCGUCUUUCUCUCACAUUGAUGAAGAGUCUGGAAGUAAGAUGGACGUCCACAACCUAUCUACUGUUAUCACACCGAAUAUUCUAUACUCCCAAAAGAAAGAAGCUGGCAUGGACGAUAGUUUUCUAGCUAUUGAAGCGGUGCACACACUAAUAGCAUGUAAUGAGACUAUGUGCGAGGUUCCUGAGGACUUAUUAUCAAUACUGAACGAUUCCAAUCUUUUUGCCAACGGCGCGGAUGUUACAACUAAAGACAUCUUGAAACGAUAUGGCGACCUUAUUAAUAGACCGGCUCCAGGGAGAACUCCUCAAACCACCAGUUCACCACCAAGGUCUAAGGAUGGUAGAGCCCCAACAACCCCCGUCUUCCAUCGUGUAGAUACCGAUCCAUCUCAAAAUGUUGCGAUCCAAAAAGAAUCUUCAGUUAGACAUGUUGGUAUGCCUCAACCUAACCAACCUGGCCAACAUUUUCCGCCGAACGCCCAUGCCCCAAGUGGUAAUCCUAACCAGUACCACCGAGGGCAUGGUCGUGGGAAUUCCGGUUCAAGCCAGGAGGGCGAUAUUGGUCAGAACACUAUACAAAAUGGCCAUGGUGGUCAGAAUGGUCCUAACGGCCCUAACCAUCAUGGCGUCCUUCAUCAUCCCCCAAAUGGUCAGAAUCAAGCUCAAUGGGGUAACCGACAAGGCCAACAAGGUCAAAAUCAUUCGAGCCAAAAUCAUCAAGGCCGUCAACAGCAGCAACAAGGCACUAUGGGUGUCACUGGCCUAAUCUAA